CUUUUUUUUUCCCCAGAUGCUGUGACUGUGACAGAGUCACUGGGGUUCGUACAUGUUGGGGAGGAGCCUUCCUUUCGGGGGUGACCACCUUCCUCUGGGCAUGCCUGCAGUACCCUGGGCCCAUGGACCUGAAGGAGAAGCAUGCGAUCCUGGGUUGACAACCCUGUCGAAGGUGUCAUUGGAACCAGUGAAACGACAUGGGCGUUCAUUCCUUCAUUCAGUCAGCCAGCAGGGCGAGGCUCCCUUGGCCCUGGGCCUGUCCACCCGGAAGGCCCUCAGCAUCCUGAAGGAGCAGCUGGAGGCGGUGCUGGACGGACACCUAAAAGAACGGAAGAAAUGUCUCACGUGGAAGGAGAUGUGGAGAAGCAGCUUCCUGCACCACGGUAACCGCUGCUCCUGUUUCCACUGGCCCGGCGCCUCCCUCAUGCUCCUGGCCGUGCUGCUGCUGCUGGGCUGCUACGGCGGCCAGCCGGCUGGCAGCCCCGGGGCGGAGCUGGUGAACGCCUCUGCGCUCUUCCUCCUGCUGCUCCUCGACCUGGUCCUCAUUGGGCGGCAGGGUCGGCUGAAGCGUCGGGAGGUAGAAAGGAGACUCCGAGGGAUCAUUGACCAAAUCCAAGAUGCCCUCAGGGAUGGCAAGGAGAUCAAGUGGCUAGAUGCCAUGUACCCAGACCUCCACAUGCCCUUUGCACCAUCCUGGUCCCUACACUGGGCCUACAGAGAUGGACAUCUGGUCAACCUGCCAGUUAGCCUGUUGGUAGAAGGAGACAUCAUAGCUCUGAGGCCUGGCCAAGAAUCGUUUGCUUCUCUGAGGGGGAUCAAGGAUGAUGAGCACAUCGUCUUGGAGCCGGGAGACCUGUUUCCACCUUUCUCUCCGCCCCCCUCCCCCCGGGGAGAGGUGAAGAAAGGGCCACAGAACCCCCAGCAGCACCGGCUCUUCCGCGUCCUUGAGACCCCUGUGAUUGACAACAUCAGGUGGUGCCUGGACAUGGCCCUGUCCCGCCCAGUCACCGCUCUGGACAACGAGAGGUUCACGGUGCAGUCCGUGAUGCUGCACUACGCGGUGCCCGUGGUCCUGGCUGGCUUCCUCAUCACCAACGCCCUGCGCUUCAUGCUGAAUGCCCCUGGUGUCACGACCUGGCAGUACACCCUCCUCCAGCUGCAGGUGAAUGGCGUCCUGCCCAUCCUCCCCUUGCUCUUCCCUGUCCUCUGGGUCCUGGCAACUGCCUGUGGAGAAGCCCGUGUCCUGGCCCAGAUGAGCAAGGCUUCCCCCAGCUCCCUGCUGGCCAAGUUCUCGGAGGACACUCUGAGCAGCUAUACCGAAGCCGUCUCCUCCCAGGAAAUGCUGUGCUGCAUUUGGGGCCACUUCCUGCGGGUGAUCCAGGGGACGUCUCCUACGCUGAGCCACAGCUCCAGCCUGCUGCACAGCCUGGGCUCCGUCACGGUCCUGUGCUGUGUGGACAAACAGGGGAUCCUGUCAUGGCCCAACCCCAGCCCGGAGACCGUGCUGUUCUUCAGCGGAAAGGUGGAGCCCCCGCACAGCAGCCACGAGGACCUAACGGAUGACCUGUCCACCCGCUCCUUUUGCCAUCCCGAGGUCGAGGAGGAGCCCCAUGAACGAGACGCCCUCCUGGCCGGCUCCCUGAACCCUACCCUGCACCUUUCCAAUGAGCAGGAGCGCGGCACCUGGCCAGGCGACGGCCCCAAGGCCCCCGAGCCCUCCUCUCACCACAGAGCACACGGCCGCAGCAAACACCCGUCCGGCUCCAGCGUGAGCUUCAGCAGGGACACAGAGGGCGGUGAAGAAGACCCCGGCAAGACCCAGCACGGGCUGGAGGGCGAGCCCUACGAAGCUGAGGACUUCGUGUGCGACUACCACCUGGAGAUGCUGAGCCUGUCCCAGGACCAGCAGAAUCCCUCCUGCAUCCAGUUCGAUGACUCCAACUGGCAGCUCCACCUCCCCUCCCUCAAGCCCCUGGGCCUCAAUGUGCUGCUGAACCUGUGUAACGCCGGCGUCGCCGAGCGGCUGUGCCGGUUCUCAGACCACCUGUGCGACAUCGCCCUGCAGGAGAGCCACAGCACCGUGCUGCCCGUGCACGUGCCCUGGGGCCUCUGCGAGCUCGCCCGCCUCAUUGGCUUCACUCCCGGGGCCAAGGAGCUCUUCAAGCAGGGGAACCACCUCGCGCUCUACCGCCUCCCCAGCGCCGAGACCAUGAAGGAGACCUCGCUGGGGAGGCUCUCCUGUGUCACCAAGCGGCGCCCCCCGCUCAGCCACAUGAUCAGCCUCUUCAUCAAGGACACCACCACCAGCACAGAACAGAUGCUGUCCCACGGCACCGCCGACGUGGUCUUGGAGGCCUGCACAGACUUCUGGGACGGAGCUGACAUCUACCCUCUUUCGGGUUCCGACAGAAAGAAAGUGCUGGAUUUCUACCAGCGAGCCUGCCUGUCUGGUUACUGCUCUGCCUUCGCCUACAAGCCCAUGAGCUGUGCCCUGUCGUCCCAGCUCAACGGCAAGUGCAUCGAGCUGGUGCAGGCGCCCGGCCAGAGCAGCAUCUUCACCACGUGCGAGCUGCCCAGCACCGUUCCCGUCAAGCUGAGUGCCCGCCGCGGCAGCUGGAGCUCAGACGAAGGGAUCGGGGAGGCGCUGGAGAAGGAAGACUGCAUGCAGGCCCUGAGCGGGCAGAUCUUCAUGGGCGUGGUGUCCUCCCAGUACCAGGCCCGGCUGGACAUCGUGCGCCUCAUCGACGGGCUGGUCAACGCCUGCAUCCGCUUCGUCUACUUCUCUUUGGAGGAUGAGCUCAAAAGCAAGGUGGGGGAGCCCGACCCACUGCUCCCACUGACCCUUUUCCCCACGGCCUUUUGGGCCCAUGUGUUUGUUGCCAUUUGCCCGGUGCAGGUGUUUGCAGAAAAGAUGGGCCUGGAGACGGGCUGGAAUUGUCACGUCUCCCUCACGCCCAAUGGUGACAUGCCCGGCUCUGAGAUCCCCCCCUCCAGCCCUAGCCACGCUGGAUCCCUGCACGAUGACCUGAAUCAGGUGUCCCGAGAUGAUGCGGAAGGGCUCCUCCUAAUGGAGGAGGAGGGUCACUCGGACCUCAUUAGCUUCCAGCCCACGGACAGCGACCUCCCCAGCUUCCUGGAGGACUGCAACCGGGCCAAGCUGCCCCGGGGCAUCCACCAGGUGCGGCCCCACCUGCAGAACAUUGACAAUGUGCCCCUGCUCGUGCCCCUCUUCACCGACUGCACCCCCGAGACCAUGUGUGAGAUGAUCAAGAUCAUGCAGGAGUAUGGGGAGGUGACCUGCUGCCUGGGCAGCUCUGCCAACCUGCGGAACAGCUGCCUCUUCCUCCAGAGCGAUAUCAGCAUUGCCCUGGAUCCCCUGUACCCCUCCCGCUGCUCCUGGGAGACCUUUGGCUACGCCACCAGCACCAGCAUGGCCCAGGCCUCGGACGGCCUUUCUCCUCUGCAGCUCUCGGGGCAGCUCAACAGCCUGCCCUGCUCCCUGACCUUCCGCCAGGAGGAGACCAUCAGCAUCAUCCGGCUCAUCGAGCAGGCUCGGCACGCCACCUACGGCAUUCGCAAGUGCUUCCUCUUCCUGCUGCAGUGCCAGCUGACCCUCGUGGUCAUCCAGUUCCUCUCUUGCCUCGUCCAGCUGCCGCCAAUCCUGAGCACCACUGAUAUCCUGUGGCUGUCCUGCUUUUGCCACCCUCUGCUCAGCAUCUCUUUGCUGGGGAAGCCCCCCCAUAGCUCCAUCAUGUCUAUGGCAACGGGGAAAAACCUUCCGUCCAUUCCUAAGAAGACCCAGCACUACUUCCUGCUCUGCUUCUUGCUCAAGUUCAGCCUCACCAUCAGCUCGUGCCUCAUCUGCUUUGGCUUCACACUGCAGAGCUUCUGCGACAGCUCCCGGGUCCGUAACCUCACCAACUGCUCCUCCGUCAUGCUGCCCAGCCACGCCGACACGGCUCCGGCCUGGUUUGACGACUUCGCCAACGGGCUGCUGCCGGCUCAGAAGCUCGCCGCCGCCCUGACCGUCCUGCACACUGUCUUCAUCUCCAUCACCCACGUGCAUCGCACCAAGCCCCUGUGGAGAAAGAGCCCCUUGACAAACCUCUGGUGGGCGGUGACCGUGCCCGUGGUGUUGCUGGGGCAGGUGGUCCAGACAGCGGUGGACCUGCAGCUGUGGACCCACAGGGACAGCCGCGUCCACUUUGGCCUGGAGGACGUGCCUCUGCUGACGUGGCUCCUGGGCUGCCUCUCCCUGCUCCUCGUGGUGGUCACCAACGAGAUCGUGAAGCUGCACGAGAUUCGGGUCCGGGUCCGCUACCAGAAGCGACAGAAACUGCAGUUUGAAACUAAGCUGGGCAUGAACUCUCCCUUCUGAGCCACUGGCCGUGGUGGUCGUAGUUGCCCUGGAUCCUAGGGCUAAAGCCAGACCCAUUUCUGCGUCUGGGGACUUGAUACCACGAAUGUUCAGGGUUUGCUCUUGCGCCCCAUGGCGUUGGAGGCCCAACUCCCGGUGUCAGACCCAGCUGUCGUCCUGCCCCCGGGGAUUACUGAAGAGAUGCUGAGCUGUGGCCUUGGCGUCAGGACAGUCUGGCUCUUCCUCACCGGGGGGAGACCCCUGGGCUCUUGAAUGUAUGACCUCGUGCGCUUAAUAGAGGGGCCCUCAGCCCCCUCCACCUGUGGGCCGCCCCCCUUCAGGGUCACCGAAUGCAGCACCCUCUGCUCUUGGGUUUUCAGGCAGAGCCAUGAGCCAUGGGCCGAGCGUCCACCUUUGGUGGGAGAGCAGCCGUGGGAGGGCUGAACAGCUCUCUAGGCCACUGUUGAAGGCGGGGCCGGGGGUGGUUCCUCUUCCCUGUGCCCCCCCUCAUCCCGUCUUCCUGGGGCCGGGCCUGGAUUUGGCCCUGAGUACUUUCCCUCCCUCCCUCUGUGGGGGAGCCUCACACAGAGACCUGAAGACGAAGCAGAGCCCCCGCCUGGCCCUGGAACCUCCUCCUGUACCUGCCCUCAAGCUGGCGGAGAGAGCCAGUCCUGGGGUACGGCCCAGGGCUCCUUUCAGCCCCGGCCCUAGUUAUCCUGUGAGAACGUUUUCACCGGUGUGUUAUUUUUUUACUGGAAAUGAGCCUCUUAGGAAUGAAUACAGACUGGUUUGUAUUAAAACUGAUAAAUUCCUGAAGAAAAACCUGUGGCUGGCCCAUGAGGCAGCCACUAACGGACCUACCCAAGGCUUCGGCCAGUGAUGGAGCCCCUCCGCAAAGGUGAGGAGGCGGGGGGGGGGGGGCCCAGCCUUCCUCCUUGCGCAUGGGUGGGAGCGCUCGGGUCCGGCUCAGAGGUCCGUGGCGCAGAUCCAAACACACAGCCCGAUCACGUGGAAUGACACUUUUCAUUGGUGUUAGUUGGGGGAAGAGGUUAAUGGUUCCAGAGCCGGGGCCUGGGCCAACCGGGUCAGGCUUCCAGCCCCAAGGCGGCAGUGGGCGCUCUUGCUGCGGUCCGAAGCCCCUCCCCCACUGCGUCCUCUCAGGCAGUUAUAGAUAGAAUAAAUUCCAUUUAAAAUAUAUGCGUUUCUCUCUGCUUAAAAAAUAACAUUUACAGUUGGGAAAGUCUGGACUUUGGGGGACCUGUGACUCCCACAGCCCCCACCCCCGCCAGCUUUGCCUCACUGAGGGCAGGCAGGGGCGGCGCGGAGGCUGGCCUGGCCGCUUGUUUACGUGUCCUGUGAACACCUGCGGGGGACCAGGCCAGACACACCGCCUCCUCCAGCCUCUCGGCGCCGGGACAGCACAGUGGGUGGCCACAGGACCUUGGCACAGGGGCUUGAGACACUGGGGGGACAGAGGAGGUACCCCAGAAGCCCGGCCACCACCUCUUUCUUCCUGGAGAGGAAGCUCUCACCAGGGUCCCUGUCCAAGAGGCAGGGCCGUCCCGUCAGGUUACACACUGGGAGGGGGCUCAGCUGAGGUGGCAGGUUCUGGCGAGUCCCCUCAGCUCCCCUGGGGGCUGCCUCCCAGAGCCCCAGUGCCGACAGCCGCUGGCCUGGAGCAGCAGGAGGGACCCCGCUAGGGCGGCAGGGGCGGCGUCCGUGCCGGGGGAAAGGCAGUGGCUGAGGGAGGUCACGGUGGGCA